AUUUCAACAAGGACACAUGGAUUUUGAUAUGUUCACAGAUUUUAAGUAAUUCCAGCGUUUUAAUAUUCUAUUAAGAUGCCAGGUGUACUUUCCAGGAUUGUAUUGAGGCCUACACAAAUCAAGUUAUCACUUAAAGGAACACUUACAUUUCAGCAAUGCAGAUUUUUUAAAAGGAAAGCAGACACAAAAGGGUUUUCACCGAAACAGGCCGAUGGUAUUGGUUCAUCACAACCAAAAAAUGAAAUUGUUAAAGCCAAUCUUAAAAAGGACUCUUUUGAUAACAUUGCUGUUGAAUAUGCGGAACCAUUACAUGUGCCAUACAGUAAUCUGUUGAGACCAUUUCUGUUUGCUGUUGGUUUCACAGGUGUCACAUUUACUGGUGCAGCAAUAUGGCAAUACGAAGGCUUACGAAAAGCUGCGAGCAAACCAUUAUCAUCAAUGUAUGAUGACAUAUUCAGAACCCCUAAAUUUGGUAAUUUCAGAGAAAAGAUAAAUGAUUGGUACAACAAGUUACCAGAAGGACAGUGUGUUGCACUAGGAAUAAUAACAGCAAAUGUAUUAGUGUUUUCAGCCUGGAAAGUUCCUGCUCUUCAGUACACUAUGUUGAAUUGGUUUGCUUGUAAUCCAGCAUCGCGUGUGAGAUGUAUACCUAUGGUGCUAGCUACGUUUAGUCAUUUUACCGUGUGGCAUAUCCUAGUAAAUAUGUAUGUAUUGUGGAGUUUUUCUUCUUCUGUGAGUGAAAUGUUUGGUCCAGAACAGUUUCUAGCCAUGUACCUUACAGCAGGUGUGUGGUCAUCAUUUUUUAGCUAUGUCAAUAAAUUGGUUAUCGGUAGAUUCCAUCCUUCACUUGGAGCAUCUGGGGCCAUUUUUGCUUUAUUAGGUGCAGUUUGUACUUCAUAUCCAGACUCAAGACUUCAAAUAAUAUUUUUACCAUUCUUCACGUUUCCUGCUAGUUUGGGUAUGAAAGCCAUCAUUGGCUUGGAGACUACCGGUAUUUUACUAAGAUGGAGAAUCUUUGAUCAUGCAGGCCAUCUAGCAGGAAUUCUUUUUGGCUGGUACUAUGUAAAAUACGGACACAAACAGAUAUGGGGAAAAAGGGAACCACUUAUGAAAUAUUGGCACAAAUUACGACAAUCAUAUAAAGGCAGAUGAAAGGCUGAACAUCAAGCAUUAUCCAAUCUAUACCAGUCAAUAUCCAAUCUAUACCAGUCAAUAUUCAAUCGGUACCAGUCAAUGCCCAAUCUGUACCAGUCAUUAUCCAAUCUGUACCAGUCAAUAUUCAAAUGGUACCAGUCAAUGUCCAAUCUGUACCAGUCAAUAUCCAAUCUGUACCAGUCAAUAUCCAAUCUGUACCAGUCAAUGUCCAAUCUGUACCAGUCAAUAUUCAAACGGUACCAGUCAAUGUCCAAUCUGUACCAGUCAUUAUUCAAUCUGUACCAGUCAAUAUUCAAACAGUACCAGUCAAUGUCCAAUCUGUACCAGUCAUUAUCCAAUCUACCAGUCAAUACUCAAACGGUACCAGUCAAUGUCCAAUCUGUACCAGUCAAUAUCCAAUCUGUAACAGUCAAUAUCCAAUCUGUACCAGUCAAUGUCCAAUCUGCACCAGUCAAUGUCCAAUCUGCACCAGUCAAUAUAGGUCUAUAGAUUAUAAUGCCAUCUGAUGUACCUCUGACAAAAUCUAGAUUACAGAAAAGCAACAAAUUGAUUCUGCUUUUUAUUUAAACCCAGAUAAAAGGCUGUAUUUAUUGUGGAUGCACUGGGGGAAGAAAAAAGAUGACAUGACAUUUUGCUAGUACGUUUAGUUGUCUUCAUAGAAAGUCGUAUCUUUAUAAGCUUUUGAACUCUGAUGUAUGCUAAAGAUCUUGGUAAU